GGACGGAGGGCUGCACCCAUGCCCCUUGCGUCGCCCACUGCCUCGACUCCCUGGUGGGAGACUUUCUGUGUCACCGUCACAGUGUCCAGAUCAUCCUGGGCACGGCCGGGGCCAUCCGCAGCCACUUCCAAGGCUCUGCGGAAGCUCGGCGGCCCCUCCCAGCCCCGCAGCCCUUCCUGGGGCUCUCGGAUCCCUGGGGUCCGCCUGCCACUUGGCGGAGCGGCUGGUGGAACGGCAGCGGCGGCUGCGGGGGUGCGAGGAGAGGCAGCAGCUGGGGAGCCUGGCGGGCAGUCUGGUCAGCUCCCGCAGCCCCUCUGGAUGGUGGUCCGGGAGGCGAACGCACGGGCCGCCUUAAGCCUGGUGCUGCCCCAGCCGCGCCACCUGCACGUCUUCCUGGCGCAGGUUCGCCGGCGCUCUGAGGAGCGGAGCUCCGGCGAGAUGGGCGCGGCCGUGCAGCUGGCCGAGGACCUGGCCCUGCCGCUCUCCACAGACCACCAGCUCCCUGAGCUCUUCCACCGUGAGGGGUUCGUGCGGGCGACCCUGCUGGACCGCUUGAAGGGCAGGAUAGAGGCUACCCUCCCCGAGGGGGCCGACAUCAACCAUUGGAAGCAAGUUCUCGUGGACGAGGUGAAGGAGCUCGUGGUGCCCGAGUACUCCUGCCGCCCUCCCCUUCUGCAGGGCCCCACUGCUGUGCGUGUGGACGCCCCCGAGCCGCGCAGGAGCCCUGGGGCCGCAGGGAAGGGCCGGGAAGCGCCCGAGCAGAGAAGCAGGACCUCUGGGUCCUUGCUGCUGGGCCAGAGGGAGAGGAGCCUCCCGGAGCAGGUGGAGAGCGGGGGACUGCCGGUCUCGGAGAGGAGCGGCGCUUCCCUCUCCACGGAGAGCCACCUGGCCGGCGUCAUCCGCGAGAAGUACCUGCGUGAGAACGAGACAGUGGGUGCCCAGGAGGACCCUGCUUACUGGCAGAAGCGGUGGGACGUCUGGCCAGACAUGGCGAGACUGGCCACCAUCUGUCUAUCCUGCCCCCUGACGGGCGCCUUCUCUGCAGGUGUCUUUGCCUCCCUGGGCGGCCCCGCCAUCGUGGCGCAUGACGCCCCUCUCCCAGUGGAGACGGCUGCGCGUCUUCUCUUCUUGAAGACCAACCUGGGGCGUUUCCCGAGCGACGCCCCCGCCCCUCAUCUUCCCCAGCAGAGCACUGCCGAGCUGCUCUGCAGCCUGGCGCUGGAGGCGCAGACCGAUUCGGGUGUAGCAGGUCAGGUGGGGGCAGGGAUGUCAGGUGCCCUAACUAAAGCUGUCCUGGGGGCCAUGUAUUGGUCAGUGCCGCCAUCCCUCGGGCUCCUCCUGGGAGAGGCACCGUCCCCUUGCUGUGUGGCCUCCCCGCAGCGGCUCUCCUUGUUCUCGGAGAGGGGAGGCCUGGACCGGCGAGGCACCAGGAACGUGGGCACGCGCACACCGUUCUCUGCCCGCCCCCUUGUUCUUUCCCUCCCUUUGCGCACCACCUCCAUCCCCAUCGCUGACGGGGUUCCACAGGGCAUCGCUUCCCCCCCCAGCCCGUCCCCCCAGCAGCGGCAGGGCGUUUGA